AUGUCGUCGCCUUCUCUUGCAGACGCGUUCUGGGCAGCACCUCCAAUCGCUAGAACCCUCACUGCUGCCACGCUCGUCCUGUCUAUCAACUUUUGGAUGCUGCCAAUCAUCAAUCCUGGUUACUUUGUCUUUGUACCUCGAUCAGUGUUCAAGCUAUGGGUGCCUCAAGUCUGGCGUCUCGUGACAGCCUUCCUCAUCACUAGCCCUAAGCUGGGUUUGAUCAUGGAUCCAUACUUCCUCUUCACAUACUGCAAGGCUUUGGAGGUUGACUCCGGCCGCUUCUCUCAGCCAGGCGAUCUGUUUGUUGCCUUGGUCUUCAACUGUAGUGUCAUCUUGAUCCUCACAGGCAUCGUCUUUGGUGGAGGCUUGGUUUUGGCUCCGCUUCUUCUUGCUCUCGCCUAUCUGCAUGUGCAAGAUGCACCCGAUGCCAUGAUGACUUUCUUCUUCUUCAGCAUCCGCCGCAAGUAUCUGCCAGCCUGUAUGUUGUUGGCUGUUUUGGUCAUGGCGGGUCCUUUCGCGGCUCUCCAGCAGGCCUUUGGCCUUGUUUCUGCUCAUCUCUACGAUUUCUUGACUAGAAUCUGGCCGUCGUAUGGAGGUGGCUACAACCCAAUACGUACACCACAGAUGGUGCAGCGUUGGUUCGCCAAGCCUAUGGGUGCAGGUACUACUCGCUCGUAUGGCACUACCUUUCAAGCUCGUUCUUCUGGCUCUGUCGGCGCUCAGCCUCAGGCUGGAAGCUCGCGUAGUGGCGGAUGGACAAGUGGCUUCACAGGCACCUGGGGCUCUCGCGGUCCGGGCAGAAGACUUGGUGGUGAUUAA